ACUAACGUCACUGUCAUGUUAAAUUGUCAUGAAUUGUUUUCGUAUUUUAUAUUGUGAAAUCGUGAAAUUAAUUGGAAACUAUUGUACAAUAUUUUGAACUUGUUUCAAAACUGUGUUAUUGAUAAAAACAUUGCCGUGUACGUGUGUAAAUCUGACGUUCAAAUCAACAUUUUGUAGUGCAAGUGCGUCAUAAAAGAAUCGACAGUGAUUUUUCUGUAUUAGACGUAAUUUUCCUUGUGAAGAAUGGCUAAUUCAGAUUAUGUUGCGACGUUGAAGAUUCUAGUAAUCGGGGAGAGUGGUGUGGGUAAAUCAAGCAUAAUCCUAGCGUUCACAACGGGAGACUACAAUGCUUCAUUCCCGGCCACAAUUGGAGUUGACUAUAAAUGUAAGGUGAUGGAUGUGAACGGAGUCAAGGUUAAGCUCGGUAUAUGGGACACUGCUGGACAGGAACGCUACCGGACAUUGACCUCCAGUUUUUACAGAGACGCACAUGGUGCUAUUUUAGUUUACGAUGUGUCUGAACCAAAAUCCCUUGCAAAGUUGAAUGAAUGGGUUGAAGAACUGCAAGUAUACUCCACAAAGAAGAACAUAGUCUGCUUAGUAGUCGGAAACAAGAUUGAUAAACAUAACCGUGCCGUACCACGGGAACAAGGACAGGCGUUUGCACAGAAACACAGAAUGCUGUUCAUCGAGAGCAGUGCUAAAACACAGGAGGGGAUCAGCCUUGCUUUCGAAGAACUUGUGCAAAAGAUCAUAGAGACUCCAGGACUUUGGGAGUCAGGAGGCUCUUCAUCAAACAUCCGCAUAUCACAUGACGAGAGGAGACAACAGGAGGAAUCUUCAUGUUACGACUACACCUGCACGAUUUAGAAUAAGCUGGAAGUUGGCUGCGUCUGAAGACUUUCCUACUAUUUGUAUCUAUUUGACUGA